UCCUCUGCGUAUAUAUCUAUCUAUCUAUCCUUCCAAGGCCGACGGGUAAGGAGACCGCAAGCGAGCGAGGAGUCGUCGUCUCAUCAUCUCAAAGAAGGUUUGCUGGAGCAAUGGCUGUUAGCCGUACCGCGCAGAUUUCUCUUGCUGUGGCAACAUUUGGUUCGCUGGCCUUCAUUCUUGGAGUAAUUGCUGAAAAUAAAAAGCCUGCUGCUGGAACUCCAAUCCAUGGAAAAGAUGUAGUAAUUUGCAAAUAUCCGUCUGAUCCAACAGUUGCUUUGGGGAGCUUAUCUGUAGUAGCUCUCUUCAUUUCUACCAUUCUAGGCUUGGUUUCUAUUUUCUACCCCUACAAAGGCAAAUCUGUUCCAACUGAUGCUUUGUUCAGGAGCACUACCUUGGUUGUGUUCUUUGUUAUUGCAGUGUCUGUUUCUGUGCUGGCUGAAGCGAUGAUGAUCUGGGCAUCCGUUACUGAAGGCCUUCACCGUGUCCGGAAUGUCCACCACAACCUUGAGACAGGGUGCCCCACUGCCAAGACUGGACUUUUUGGUGGUGCUGCUUUUCUAGCCCUUGAUGCAGCGCUCUUCUGGUUGGUUUGCCAAAUGCUGACACUCAAUGCCCGAGCUGACUACUUGGAAGAGGACGACCCAAAAGGCGAGUAUGGGCAAGUUCUUGCAACCGAGUACGAAAAUGGAGCUGGGACUCAGCCCAAGGUCUAAAAUAUCAAUGAAGAAGGGUUGAAUGCUUGCAUUGAUAUGACUCAGUCGAAAGAACUAAUAGUUUAUAAAAAUAUACAUGUUUGUGGAUA